AUGGAUGGACCGGCGGAGCUGGAGGCGGCGGAGCAAGUGGUGAUACGGUUGGACUCGUCGUUGGCUUCGACGGCGGCGGCGGAGCCGGCGGCGGUUGGGGGCGAGCCGAUGCUGUUCGACGGAGCAGGGGAUCGAACCGAGGCGGAGCGGUUCCUCCGUGCUGUGGAUAACAUCCGCCGCCUCGCUCUGUCGUCCCCCUCGGUGGUCGGGAGCCCGCGGCGGUCGUCCGGGUCGGGGGCGGCGGCUGGUGGAGGCGGGUGCAGCGCCGUGCAGGUCACGAUGGCGCGGCUCGAGGACGAGUUCCGCCACUUGCUCUCGUCCCGCGCCUUCGACCUCGAGAUCGAGGCGCUCGCCGACCUGACAUCUCUCUGUAUCUCCAGCGACCGAACGAACUCGGUCUCAUCCAUGGACCUCCCAGCUGUGGAGGAAGAUGACUCCAUCUCCGACUGCGGCGGCCGGCGAAGCAGCUACCGCUCGCUCCGGAGCAUCCGUGAGAUCGACCUCCUCCCCGACGACGCCGUUGCCGACCUCCGCGCCAUCGCCUCUCGAAUGGCUGCGGCUGGGUACGGCCGCGAGUGUGCCCAGGUGUACGCCUCCAUUCGCAAGCCGGCCGUGGACGCCUCCCUCCGCCGGCUCGGCGUCGAACGGCUCAGCAUCGGUGAUGUCCAGCGCCUCGAGUGGGACGCUCUCGAGGCCAAGAUCCGCCGAUGGAUCCGAGCUGCCCGUGCCGCCGUCCGCGGCGUUUUUGCCAGCGAGCGCCGCCUCUCCUUCCACGUCUUCCAUGACCUCCCAAUCUCCAAUGUCACCGUUGUCAGCGUCGUCACCGCGGCUCCAGCCACGCAUGACACCCCCUUCGUCGAAGCUGUCAAGGGUGCGGCGCUUCAGCUGUUUGGCUUCGCUGAGGCCAUCAGCAUCGGUCGCCGCUCUCCCGAGAAGCUCUUCAAGAUUAUCGAUCUCCACGACGCGCUAUCUGACCUGCUGCCUGACGUCUCCGACAUUUUCGCUGCAUCCAAGGCAGCCGAAUCGAUAUACGUGCAGGCCGUAGAGAUCCGAUCGCGCCUCGCAGAUGCAGUGCGUGGAAUACUCUCGGAGUUUGAGAACGCAGUUCUCCGCGACCCGCCCAAGACUGCAGUUCCUGGCGGCACCGUCCACCCGCUCACACGGUACGUGAUGAACUAUAGCAGCCUCAUUUCCGACUACAAGGCCACGCUCACCGAGCUGAUUGUAUCACGUCCGUCGGCAAGUGCCCGGCUUGCUGCUGAAGGCAAUGAGCUUGCGCCAUGCUUGUCCUGCCUCGAACUACCCGCGCAUGAGAAUCAGUCACCGCUUGCUGCCCAUAUCAUCUGGAUCAUUGUUGUCCUUGAACACAACCUUGAGAGCAAGGUGUCACUCUACAAGGACACGGCUCUCUCACAUUUGUUCUUGAUGAACAAUGUACACUAUAUUGUACACAAGGUCAAGGAUUCACCUGACCUCUGGAGCAUGAUUGGUGAUGAUUACUUGAAGCGGCUUACAGGAAAGUUCACAGUGGCCGCCACAAAUUACCAGCGGACGUCAUGGCUAAAGAUCCUGAAUUGUUUGCGAGAUGAGGGUCUUCAUGUAAGUGGUGGCUUCUCGUCAGGAAUAUCCAAGUCAGCUCUGCGGGAGCGAUUCAAGUCCUUCAAUGCUGCAUUUGAGGAUGCGCAUAGGGUGCAAUCUGGGUGGUUCGUGCCGGACACGCAGCUGAGGGAGGAGCUGAGGAUCUCAAUAUCAGAGAAGCUGUUGCCAGCAUACAGGUCGUUCCUUGGCAGGUUCCGGCAUCAUAUAGAGAAUGGGAAGCAUCCAGAGUUGUACAUCAAGCACUCAGCUGAGGACCUUGAGAAUGCCGUGAAUGAUUUCUUUGAAGGGGCUCCUCCUUCCCCGCAUAAUAGGAGGAGAUCUCAUGGAUGA